AUGUCUGGAUCCGGUCAUGUCCUGAUGAGGGAGGUGCCGAAAGAGGUGCUCCCAUCACCACGUCCCGUAGAGGCCGUGGCUGCCUUGAUAUCAAAGCCACUUCCACAGGUCGGCUCCACGACCCUAAGACUCGGCGUGAUGCAAGCAGGGAUGGACGCCGCGACAAAGGUUGGUUCCAAAACCCAAUCCUAUACGUCGUGGGACUGUGCAUCGCGGUCAUUUGUAGCAUCGUACUACUACUCUGGCGUAGGAGCCCAACCAGCAAGGGCCCGCCGGGCGCUAGUCGACGGGGAAAACGAGCUUCCGGAACCGGACGUUCCGACGGAGCAGGAGGAGUGGGAGGACACAGACGCCGACAUGUACGCGGACGGAAAGAAGGUGAACGGAAACAGGGCGGCAGGUCUAGUAACAAAGAAGCAGCUAGCAACAACGCGGGUGCAGCGCCUAAUAUUGGCGAAUGGUGCGCAUAAUCGCGACCGCCGUAAUGCAGAACAACAACCCGCGGUGGGGCAGGAGCCAGUCGCAGCUACACUGGUAGUGCCAACUGGCAUAUCCGCAUACUACGCGGACCUGACGCAGAACGAAGCAACAUUCCUCGCAGACUGGAGUACAAAUGGAAGGAAUGUGGCAGAUGUUGUUGGCCUCGGUAUGUACGUCGUGUCGUACAGGCCGGUACCCGGAGGAAACCACAUGUACCUGACGAGGCAAGGGGUGCUUCCAGGCGAUGCGCACAAUGCAACGGAGAACCAUGUCAACGGAAGCUUCGCCGGAAUCGCGGUCCAGAAUGUGCCAUACACAACGGCCAGAAACGAACGGCCCUGGUGGGUGAUGGACGGACUAGUUCAAAACCUUCCAAAUUUGCGGACGCCAGACGAAGUUCGCGCACCCAGGGUGUUGCGACACCCCGAUCUAUCAGCUGAUUACGCUGCACGUAUGGAAGACAUAAUACCGGCACCCGUCAUUCAGUCAGGAUCAGCGUCCCGGGAAAGGGGGCCAGGAGUCCAAGAUCACGUCGAGCCACCCGACCUCAAUGUCGCAGACCUCAGAUGUUGGUAUUCUGACACACUACCACUCAGAUGCGUAUCAGUCACGUCGUACCGGAAGCAUUACGAACAUACUUCCGCAAUUCCGUUCAGUAACCUUUACUCUAGAAUAAUAGAGCGAUUGACAAACCCCGACAAAGCAGGAAACAUGUAA